AUGAAGAUGUUCAAAAGCAUCAUUUUCCCGAGAUUUGGAAUCCCGAGAGUAGUGAUCAGUGAUGGAGGAACCCACUUCAUUAACAGGGUUUUCGAUGGCUUGUUGAAAAAGCACGGAGUCAAGCAUAAAGUCGCAACAUCUUAUCACCCACAGACCAUCGGACAAGUGGAAGUAAGCAACAAACAGAUCAAAGUGAUAUUAGCUAGAAUCAUGGGAAUCACAAAAAAAGAUUGGGCAUUCAAGCUAGAUGAUGCGUUAUGGGCUUAUAGGACCGCUUAUAAAACACCGACUGGGCGGACACCUUUCCAGCUUCUUUACGGAAAAAACUGUCACCUUCCGGUCGAGGUUGAAUAUAAAGCAAUGUGGGCGACCAAGCUGCUGAAUUUGGACAUAAAGACUGUUCAAGAAAAGAGAGUAAUGGAUCUCCACAAACUCGAUGAGAUACGGCUGGAGGCUUAG